GGCUGUGGAGCCCUCUUCAGGUGUACAGUCUUGUGACUGUCAUUUUUGUAAAGUGCUUCACAAUCGAUGCAGAUAACCUGUGUUUUUUCCUUCUGUUGCGCUGACAAGCUCGCCAAACUUCUCCCACCUGGCUCUUUUGUCGCUCUCUCGUCUUUAUUUGUAUCUCACUGUUCUGGAGUUGUGUCCUGAUCUGCUCUAACGAGGUUGCCAUUAUGUUUUUUUUCUUUGUAAUACACUGUUGUCUGUUUUCUCCCGCUUUGCCUUGUGAUACAACCAAUUGGAGCUUAAAUAUGGAAAAAAAACGUCAGUUUUAAACCUUAAAAUUACUAAACGUAAAUCACUAAAAUCACUUAAAUUCAUUUGUUAAGAUACAAAUGAUCGGUUUUCUGCAAUAUUUUGCAUUUGGUCAUGCAGUAUAUCAACCCGCUCCCGCCCAACCCGAGUCAACCGGUGCAUCACUAGUUGUCAUGAUUGCGUGGUUACGCUGUUUACUUCUUCAUAUGUGCGUGUGCCUCGCCCGUUGCCAUUAUUGUUCGUAUCGUUUCGCUCUUACUUUUGAAUAUCUUACUUUGAGUUUGAAAGUUCAAGGUGUAAUUUAAAGAAGCCGUCGAAGUAGAUGGGUCAUUAUGGAUCACUUGCUCAGAUCUGGGAGUCUGAAAAGCAAAUAUAGUCACGACAGUGACAGCGCAGGUGCGAGUAAGAGACAGGACAGAAGUGAAAAUGCGAGUGAGGUCAUUUGUGUACCAUACCAAGUGCUGUAACUCCAAUUCCAACAGCUUGACAAAUGUGAUGUGCAAGGAAGCAGAAGGUGUGCUUGAUGUGAAGUCUCCGUCUGCCUCCGGGCAUGAGACUUGUCCAGCUUGGAUCCAGAUAUCACUUCUCUGAUUGCUCAACAAAAGCAGCUCCAUUCUUCACAUUAACUUUUAAUGUAAUAAAAACAUUUGCAAAAUAUGCAGCUUUGUUUGUAAAAAUAUUAGUACUUUUCAUCAAAUUUGAAUAUUGGUUAUUUUUAGUACAUUGAUAGGUGAUUUGUACAGGGUAAGAAUUGGAUGUAGGCAUAGGUGGUCCACCGCAUCUGUGACUUGGUGUAAGUGGUCCGCGGACCAUACACCUUUGAGAACGGUUCUGAAAAGGAGCGCUAUUUUGAGUGCUUCUUCAUUAUCCUAAUUUUACAGAUAUUCAUGUCUGGAACAACGUCCAGAAGCCACCCACUCUCGACUGCGGACAAUGUUGAAUUUGCGAAAACAGUUUUUGUUGUUGUUGUCAUGCUGUUUACGACAUCUUCCAAAUAUAACGUGAUUUUUUUCGUUCAAUAAUCCAAAGGAGUCGUUUCUAGAAUUAACCUUAUUAUUAUAGCGUUGCUGUUCUACAGAUCUGACAACGAAGUGUUAAUCUGACACUGACUUGGACACGGUCGACUGAGUCUGCGGUCUUCGGUGGUUUAUUUUCGCAGCUUUGUCAACUGCGAAACGAGGCUGAACUAGCGGAUGCGAUAGGUUCACUUGCCUUCCGAUGUUCCGGUGCUCUGCAGCGCCGAUGAAAGCGCUGUGUUGGGUAGGAGGAAGUGGGUAUGGCUGCUCAAUGUGACUAUUGAUGUCUCGGCUAGACUGAAAUACUUUAUGUUUCCCUGGCGCACACGGUGGUUGAAGCGACUCCACUUUGAACGCGACCAGCUUCUUCAUUUUAUUUCAGUCCCACGGGGCUGGUCGCGGAGCUCCACAGACUGUGGCUCUCGUUGACGUCAGUGCGCUACCCAAGCCUUCGAGAGCCACUGUGGAAAACGCCUCCGCUUGUCAGCGCAGGGAAAUAGGAGAGGGAUACCGAAGGAGCUGACAGCGGAACAGUAAACAAAGACUGAAGUCGGACUCUGCGGCGAAUGCAGCCGGCUUGCUGUAGCCUUCCCAGAUCCUAAUGUGCGCUCCCCUCCCACUGUCUGCCACUUGUCCGAGAUGCGCCCCGCGUCCAGCGGUGCACUGGCCCGCUCGCAGGACAGCAUCCCCCGACUGCCAUGGCGUUCAGACGGACAGCGAGGAGGAUGCGCUGGCUGGGGUGCUGUCGCCUGGGUCUGCUGUGGAAAGCGCUGGUCCUCUUCGUGGCCAUCGGUUUUGCCGGACAGCUGCUGGGAGUCAAUAAGAGUCUGCAGCUAGAGCGCCCGGCUCCGUUUUCAGCUGGCGACCCCAGGCACCCCCUUAGGCUUCUAGCAGACGCCAGCGCCCCCUGCAGGCCGCACACCCACGUCAUGUUCCUGAAGACCCACAAGACGGCCAGCAGCACGGUGCUCAACAUGCUGUACCGCUUCGGCGAGGAGAGGGGGCUGCGCUUCGCCCUGCCCCUGGGGUACCAGUUCGGCUACCCGUUGCGCUUCAGUGCCCACAGGGUGAAGGGCUACAGGGGGCCUGGGGCAGUGGAGUUCAGCAUCAUGGGAAACCACAUGCGCUUCAACAAGAAGGAGGUCGAGAAGGUGAUGCCCCCCGACACCUUCUACUUCUCCAUCCUGCGGGACCCUGCCCUCCUGGCCGAGUCCUCCUACACCUACUACAAGGCAGUAGCUCCAGCCUUCCGGCGGGCAAAAGGGCUGGCGGACUUUAUCGACGACCCCUGGCGCCACUAUGACCCGCGGCUGCGGAACAACCACUACGCCCGAAACCUGCUGUGGUUCGACUUCGGCCUGCCGCAUGACGCCAACUUCACCGCUGAGCUGGCGCGGGCCGGGGAGGCGGAGGUGCGCCGCAGCUUCCAGCUGGUGCUGCUGGCCGAGCACUUCGACCAGUCCAUGGUGCUGCUGCGGCACGCCCUCUGCUGGCCGCUGGACGCCGUCGUCUCCUUCAGCCUGAACGCCCGGCAGCAGAGGGCGGGCUCGAGUGUCCGGCCGGCGCUGUCUGAAAAGCAGAGGCAGAAGCUCCGCGAGUGGAACGCCCUGGACUGGCACCUCUACCGCGCCUUCAACCAGACCUUCUGGGCCCAGGUGGAGCGUUUCGGCAGGGAGCGCAUGGACCGCGAAGUGGGGGCGCUGAGGUCCCGGCGGGAGGAGCUGGCCCAGCUCUGCCUGCGGGACGGGGGGCAGCCCGUAGAAGCCAGCCGCAUCCAGGACAAGGCCAUCCGGCCCUUCCAAAGCGGACUGGUCAAGAUCCUGGGCUAUGAGCUGCAACCGGGCCUGGUCAACCUCACGCGCGACUUCUGCCUCCGGUUGGUGCGCCCCGAAAUCCAGUACAAGGACGUGCUGGAUUCCAAACAGUUCCCAAGGCCUCCGGGUCCAGCGGCAACCCCGAAGAAACAAUCCCCCAAAUUUGAGAAAGGGGGAGAUCGACAGGAUCUCCAGAUCAGGGAGCAGAAGAUCAACCAGACAGCAGAGACAGGGAAAGGAGGGAACCUUCUAAGAUAGCUAAAGCCUGCCCACUGCCCCAGCAGGUGACCUGGUUACUACAUGACUGAGGAAUUCACAGACACAUGCGGGAGGCCGAGUAUCCCUGCGUUCUCUCUUCAUGGAUCAGAGUCUGGAGAUACAAGACUGGGGGACCAGGGAUGGGCACACUUAAGAAAUCCCAGGGGCCACCUGUAACUCUUCUGCCCCCAGCAGACGGUCCAUUGACUCACCUUUGGCCUAUCCCCAGCUCUUGAAGGAAAGGGGAGUGGGGUGCCCAUCAGAACCUGUUCUCCCCUGUCCCUGCUGACCUUGGUACGCGGGUACAGAAGGCAAGGAUGUUCACAGCUCAGGCUGGCAUGAUGAUGCCUCGAUGCCCAGCUGAACUCUCAUCAGGAUAAUUUCUGAUGUGCUGUGCUGUGCCGUUGUUGGCUUAGCUUCCUGUAGCUUGAGAUUGUCCCGUAUUAUGUUUGCAGUCAGGCGAUCUGCACGUUUGCCUGUACUUUAGGAACCAGCGGCCGCCAGCAUCGUCAGUAGGCGUGCUGUGUUUAGAACCUGCCCCUUGUGUGAUGUAAGCACUCAAUGAGUAUGCUCAGAAGAAACCCUUGUGCCCUCACCCCUGAUAUCUCCUCCCUGCUCAGGCUACUGAGGAUCACACCUUGACCACAGUGGCUUAAAUUAUCUAUUUAUUUUUUUAUUGCAGCUAUUUAUCUCCUUUUAUAGACAAGAGCGUCUUUUUUUUAAGGAACCUCCAAAACGGUCUCUGUGACAAAGGGAAAAUCCCACUAUGGGGGAACUCUGAGGCAAUUGUGCUGCACAGCUGUCAUAUAUGCAGAGGCGCACAAAAGCACAAUGUCACAGAACCAUUUGAACAGCAAGCUCUCGCACACAGUGAUGUGAUCAGAGUGUCACUUGACACAACAGAAACAGGAGAAGUACACACACACAGAAUAACGUGAUCAUGCACACACACAAAGUGACUGGUCUGUCACACCGCAAAAUGAACAGGAAACACCCAACAUUACAGCAAGCCCAUGGGAUUGGGACAGACAGCACCACCUGCUGGUGGAAUAACUCCAUCUUCAACACUCCUGUCCCAGCUCUGGCUGUGUGCACUCAGACCUGCUCGGUCUUAAAGAUUUGACCACU